GUUCAACAAACACAAGCAUUGCGGCGUGUGCGACCAUCGUUCGGAAGUACUGUAUUGUACCCCUGUCCCCGAUGAUGACAGCCAGAUGAAGCUUCGUGGCCGUUUUAGCGACUGGACACAGCGAGCAGUGUGUGGAAUCGGAAGCUCCCGUCAAGGUACCUACACAAACCAACACCAUUACAGCUUCAACAACAUCGCGACAACGAAUUUUCGAAUUGACCAUCUCGAACCAACACCACCUGCUAGCAACAGCGCAGAGACACAAAUCAAUCGCAACGUUCCAUAAUCCCCAAACAAUCAUAACAAUCCGACACAAUGGGUGGAAAGCGCAAGAACGCGGCCGCCCGCGGCGUCUCCCCCACCCCUUCAGCAUCCUCGACGACACCAUCAGCAACAGUCACAACCAAAGUCCAACCCAAAGAUUCCGCUCCUCCCAUUGCCACGACAACCAAUGCCUUUGCUACCAGCACUCAGAUUGAGCCCACGACCACCACUACCACCUCUACCACAAAAGCCAGUGGGACUACUAGCAAGAGCAGCAGCAACAUUGACAAGACGGCGGCGGCGGGGGGACAAGCAUGGAACAAAGUCUUCAGCAACCUUUUGAGACACUACCAGGACACAACGCCGCAGCGGACCAAGCUGCUUGAUGCCUUCAUGGCAUUCUUGGUGGUAGUGGGCGGGUUACAGUUUUUAUAUUGUGUUUUGGCUGGCAAUUAUCCCUUCAACGCCUUCCUCUCCGGCUUCUCAGCAACAGUCGGCCAAUUCGUCCUGACGGCCUCGCUACGGAUCCAGACAAGCGAGGCGAACAAGAGUGAUUUCCCUUCGGUGUCGCCUGAACGAGCCUUUGCCGAUUACCUGGUCUCGAGGGGUCAAAAGUGCACCAGCGGGGAUGUGGAGGAUUGUCCUGCGAUUCAGGGGUUGAUAACGAGAUCCAGGUAAAUGAGUGGGAAAUGAUUGAAAGACGGGAACAUGAAGGAAGCAAGCAAGCAAGCAAGUGAUCAAGCAAGCAAGCAAGCAAGAACAGAACCGUCCAAGAUCUUAAAGGAGCCAGCAGAAGACAAAAUAAAGGCGGGAGGGUAACUUGAAACAGGUUGGCAUUUAUUAUACCUUUCUUCUUUUCGAUUUAUAGU